AUGCUAUAUUGCUAUAUAUAUGCAUGCUUGAAAGCUGAUUGUAGCAAUCAGGUAAGGAACUGGGAGUACUGGUAGAUGGCAAGAUGGACAUGAGCCAGCAAUGUGCCCUCACAGACCAGAAAGCCAACUGUAUCCUGGGCUGCAUGAAAAGAAACAAGGCCAGAAGGUUGAAGGAAGUGAUCCUGCACCUCUGCUCUGCGCUGGUGGGGUCCCACCUGGAGUGCUGUGGGCAGAUGUGGAGUUCUGAGAACAGGAGAGACGUAGAUCUGUUGGAGGGUGUCUGGAGGAGGACCACAAAAAGGAUGGUUCUGAGGGAUGGAGCCUUUCCUGUGAGGACAGGCUGAGAGAACUGGGGCUGUUCAGCCUGGGAAAGAGAAGGCUCUGGGGAGAUCUGAGAGAGGCGUUUCUGUAUGUAGAGGGGGACUGUAAGAAAGAAUGGGACAAUCUCUUUGGCAGGAAUAAGAUAUGAUAAGACAUGGGGAAAUGGUUUCAAACUGAAACAAGGAAUAUUUAGACUGGAUGUAAGGAAGUCAAGUUUUAUACAUUAUGGAUGGUAAGACACUGGAGCAGGUUGCCCCGAGAGGUGGUGGAUGUCCCAUCUGUGGAGACGUCCAAGGUCAGGCUGGAGGUGCUCUGAGCAUACUGAUCUGCCUGUUCGAUGCAGGGGAGUUGGACUAGGUGACCUUAAAAGAUCCCUUCCAACUCAGAUGAUUCUAUGAUUCUAGGUGACAGUGGGUUAGAGUGCAAGCCUAACAUCAAAGGUAGCAAUCAUGUUUUGUUAGUAUCUGUCAGAGCGCUCUUUCGUGUUGAUGACCAGAUACUUGAGGGAUUUAAGGGGUUUCGGAGCAUUUGCCCCUCAGUCCCGACUCAGCAUCUGCAGUACCCACCGACCCCACAAGAGGUCAGGAGGAGCUUUUUAGCUCUAUUUCUUCAGGGCGCUGAUUCCGUUGCCUAGCGACUAGCUGUCGUGCAGCCCUUUACGGCAGCGGGGCCCGUUCCCCCGUUCCGCCCUAGGCGGCGCCCGGCGGCGGCGGCUGCUGUGCCAUGUCGGGGCCGGGGCGGGCGGGGGAGGCGGACCGGACGCUGUUCGUGGGGAACCUGGAGAGCCGCGUGCGGGAGGAGAUACUCUACGAACUCUUCCUGCAGGCCGGACCAUUAACCAAAGUGACGAUUUGUAAAGACAAGGAAGGAAAACCUAAGUCUUUUGGAUUUGUCUGCUUUAAGCACAAAGAAUCAGUGCCUUAUGCAAUAGCGUUGCUGAAUGGAAUCCGUUUGUAUGGAAGACCAAUUAAAGUACGGUAUCGGUUUGGGAGUUCACACUCUUCAGAACUAAACAGCCCAACACAUGGUUUUGAGAACUAUGUUGACUUAUAUUCAUCUUCAUAUAGGUAUCAAGAGCCUUAUGGAAAUCCUCCAUUUCCUGUUACUCCUUUUCCAAUGAACAAUUGUUUACCUCAGGAAUACUCUGUCUUUCAGAAGAUGAUGAACCAUUUUUUAGAACAGCAGUACACAGUUCACAGUCCAGUGGGUCAGCAAUUUCCUUACUACCAGAUGACUCUGCCACUGCCUUCAAGCUUAUCCAUUCCUCCCUAUCAGAAUCAAGCUGCAAAUUUUAAGUCUGGGCAUAGUUCUUUUGAGUUGGCCGUGCCACAUUCAAGUGAUGGAAAAGUGUACCAGACGGAUGAAAGCACGUCUAAAAGAAAGAGAGAACAGCAAGGUUGUGAUAGCGACACUAGUACUGAAGAUGACAGAAUGAGACAAAGAGAUCAUGACCAAAAAUACAAUAAGUGCAAAGCCAAGAAGAAAAGGCAUUAAUACUGUAAUACUGGAUUAUUUUUACUCAUAUUUUCUAUUUUUAUUUGAAAGAAAUUCACUAAUUGUUGCACUUUAUUACAAAAGGAAUGUACAAGACUCAUAUUAAUUUUGAAAUACAUUAUGCAUAAAUUAUACUGAUAUUUUAUUUAACCUCAACCAAGUAAAAGAAGAAAGUAUUUUAAGGUAUAGGAAAUAUUUAAAAAGAUACAGUUUUCCUAUGGAAGGAAAACGUCAGUAAUUAUGCUUCUGUUUUCCAGGAAUUACAAAAGUCUGUUAUUUUGCUAAUUUAGACACUGUGCAAAUAUAUACUUUGAGCCACUCAUAAAGCAUAUGUAUCACUUCUAUGACUUGUGGAACUUACUAUUGUGACUGCUUUAAGGAUUCUCUGGAGCUGCUGAAGAACAGACUAGAAAUUCUAAGCGCUGUAUUAGAGUUUUGUUCAUCACUGAAGUAUCAAUACCUACAACUUUUCCUCUUUACUGAUCUAUCUCUAAUCUUAUGUUCCAUUAGGAUCACUGUGUACACUUAUUGUAACUUUUCUAGUAGUAAAUGCAAGGUUAAAAAAAAAAAAAAGGCAUUUGCACUAACUACAAGGCUUACGUACUGUAUCAGUUCUCAAAGUGAUCUACUUUAUGGUUAUGAUAUGCUCUGACUAGAACUGCAUACACUGUAGAUCUUUCGAUAAACUUACUCUCCAGUGCUCUAUUUGCUUAUUUGAGACUCCAGUCAUUAGUUAUAACAAAUGGAU